UGCCAAUUAGCAAUGCGCCUUCCCUCUCACUCCGUUCUUCUCAAAAAUGAGAGCCAUCCCCAUCUCCAAGUUGAAAUGCAAAGCAUGGCCCCCAUUUUCACUGUCACGUUCUUGCUCUCACAUGGCUAGCGUGGCAGAACCACCGCCGUCCACUCUGGUUGAUGAGUUCACAAAGUUUUGCUACCAGAGAGACCUACCCAGAGCAAUGACAGCUAUGGAAGCCAUGCAAAGGCGUGGACUUUGGGCCGACUCCCUCGUCUACUCGGAGCUCGUCAAGUGCUGCUUGGCUCGUCGAGCUGUUCAACAGGGCAAGCUUGUCCACAAGCACGUUUUCUCAAAUGGGUACCGGCCCAAGACCUUUUUAACUAACAUAUUCAUCAACAUGUACGUGAAAUUUGGUCUCCUGGAGGAAGCACAGUCGUUGUUCGACGAAAUGCCUGAGAGAAACGUUGUUUCCUGGACGACGAUGAUAUCGGCUUACUCUAAUGCCAAGCUAAACCACAAGGCCUUGGAGUCUUUGGUUUUGAUGCUUAGAGAAGAUGCGAUGCCUAAUAGCUUCACCUACUCAUCGGUUUUGAGAGCUUGCGACGGGUUAUGGUAUCUCAAGCAGCUUCAUUGUAGUAUUAUUAAAGUAGGGUUAGAAUCUGACGUUUUUGUUCGGAGUGCUCUCAUUGACGUUUACUCGAAAUUGGGUGAGUUGCAUAAUGCACUAGGCAUUUUCAAUGAGAUGGUGACUGGAGAUUUGGUUGUUUGGAACUCUAUCAUUGGAGCUUUUGCUCAGAACAGCGAUGGUGAUGAGGCUCUGAACCUUUUCAAGAGGAUGAAGGGGGCUGGUUUUGCAGCUGAAGAGGCCACAUUAACGAGUGUUCUGAGAGCUUGCACGGUGUUAGCGCUUUUAGAAUUGGGCAGACAAGUUCAUGUUCAUGCAGUAAAGUAUGGUCAAGAUCUAAUUCUGAACAAUGCCCUUCUUGAUAUGUAUUGUAAAUGUGGGAGCUUGGAAGAUGCAAACUCUGUUUUUACCAGGAUGGUGGAGAAGGAUGUAAUCUCUUGGAGCACCAUGAUUGCAGGGUUAGCACAAAAUGGUUUCAGCCAAGAGGCACUGAGAUUGUUUGAGCAGAUGAAAGUUUCGGGGACGAAGCCAAACUACAUCACAAUUCUUGGGGUUCUAUUUGCUUGUAGUCAUGCUGGCCUUUUAGAAGAUGGGUGGUACUACUUCCAGAAUAUGAAGCAGCUUUUCGGGAUUGAUCCAGGAAGAGAGCACUAUGGUUGUGUAAUUGAUCUUCUUGGAAGGGCUGGGAAGGUAGAUGAGGCAGCAAGGUUAAUUCAAGAAAUGGAAUGUGAACCAGAUGCAGUGACAUGGAGGACUUUGCUCGGUGCAUGCAGGGUUCACCGCAACGUGGAUUUAGCUGCAUAUGCUGCCAAGAAAAUUCUUAAAAUGGACCCUGAUGAUGCCGGAACCUACAUACUAUUGUCCAACAUAUAUGCCAAUUCUCAGAGAUGGGAAGAUGUUGCAGAAGUUAGGAAGAGCAUGAGAGCUAGAGGAGUUACUAAAGAACCAGGGUGCAGUUGGAUUGAAGUGGACAAACAGAUUCAUGCUUUUAUUAUGGGAGAUGACUCACAUCCACAAAUAGAUGAGAUCAAUAGACAGCUGAGCCUGUUGGUUGAUAGACUAAUGGGAAUGGGAUACGUUCCAGACACGAAUUUUGUUUUGCAAGAUCUUGAGGGAGAACAGAGGGAAGUUUCGCUUCUAUCCCACAGCGAGAAAUUGGCAAUUGUCUUUGGUAUAAUGAGCUUGUCAAAGGGGAGGACUGUUAGGAUAAGGAAAAACCUGAGGAUCUGUGGAGACUGUCAUAUAUUUGCAAAACUUGUUGCAAAGAUGGAGGAGAGGGUUAUUGUGAUAAGAGAUCCCAUCCGGUACCAUCAUUUUCAAGAUGGGGUAUGCUCUUGUGGGGAUUAUUGGUAGAAGAAGAUGAUGAUGAGGUUCAUAAGCCGGAAGUUUUUGCAUGCCUGAGGAGAAUAGAUACUCAUUUAAGAUGAAAAUAAAGCUCUAAACUUUUUUCUAUGUGCAUUUUUCUGGCUUCAAGAUAGUAUUCAGGUAGAUGCGUGGAUCUACAUAUAACUCAAAGUCAUACACCAGAGAAUGAUAGUAUCAAUAAGAUUUAUUUUGAGAGAAAAAAGAAUAAGGAAAA